UAAACACAAACAACAAAAAAUGUCUGAUAUACCAUUUGGAUCUUAAGCAAGCGCCUAAAAAUAGGCUUGAGUUUUCAGCAGCAAAAUUAUAUAGUGAAACAGCACAAAAUGCUUUGAUACACACAAAAUAGAACAAAAAAAGAUUUUAACGAAAGAUAAAACAUUUGAGUAACAAGCUACUAAAAAAAAAUAAAUAAAUUCAAUAAAAAUCGCAAUUCAUCGAAAACGCCUACGCGUUAGUGCUGCCUCGAGUGCAAUUUGUUUUCGUGGCCAACAAUUCAAAAAAAAAAAAAAAACAAUUAGCGAUUGGUUUCGGUCGCUUGGUUCUGAACCAUUGCCUCUGUGCUUGUUUGUAGUCGCUUGUGUGUGUGUGUGCGCGCGUACGUGAGUCGAUCAGCUGUGGCUUGUGGCGUAAAAUGCCGCUGUUGGCCACCACAUUAUUAUGAUGGAGACAUUCAUUGUCCUUGGGCUAUGUUUCAUUCUAUACGAAGCACUGGAUUUCUUUCAAGGAUGCAUGCAUAGUACAUCACCCAAUUCAACCGAUCAAAUCGAAGCGUAUCGCCGCCAACUGGACGAGCAGCGACAGCAGCAGCAACAAGAGCAGUUCAUCGCCAAUUUAACGCCGCUCUUGGGCGCCCAACUGUUGGCUGCCACCUCCAACAUUUCACUCUCGCCCAGCGAAUCCUCAGCGAGCAUCAUAAGUGAACAGCUGCGCGCACAACAACAACGCGAACAGCUCGAACAGCUACGUAGCAGCAGUAGCGUGCGCAGUGAACGUAGCAAUAGCGAUAACUCAGCUAGCACGCCAGCGCUCCACAGCAGCGGUUUGGGUAGCACUUUUGGUUCAGCGGCUGGUAGUGGCAGCUUAAGCGCGGCUAGCGCAAGCGUUGGUAGUGUCGGCAGCAGUGGUGGUGCUGCCUUUCGGCCCGCCUAUCGUAGCGUCUACGAGUCACAAGAGUUGUACGCUACCUCAUCGCUGCCGCGCGACUACUACUUCCUGCAACAGCAGCAGCAGAAGAACAAACAUUCGGCGCGUUCACUUUUCUCGAAAUUUGGUGCCUCCAAUUCGGAUAAUCGCAUUUUUCCCGAAACAGCUUCGGUGCUGGGCGUGCCUGCGGGUGUGAUUACCCAACAGCCAGUCGCGAGCGUAAAUCACUUUGAUUGCUUACCGCCCACGGCGACACCUGCUUCGCCUCUGGCAGUAGACUUAAAGCGCGCCAUAUUGAGUAAGAAUAAUUAUAAUAGCAAAAACAAAAACAAUAAAAACGCAACAAACAACGAAAAGAAACGCACAGGGGGUGUGGAAAGUGUGCAGGUGCAUGGUUUGGCGGUAAUAGCCAGUCCAUCGCGUGAUCCACCCAACCCUGCACGUGCUAUCGAACGAGAGAAGCCACGAAAUCGUAUUGCCUCAGCUGCCAACGUUACCGCGAGCGCGUUGCGUAGGCACGAAAGUGACGCCAGUUCAUCGGAUUGUGAAUCGGACUCGAGUGGUGAGUCAUCUGACUCCUCGGCAUCCGCAUCGGCCGGUUCCGCGUCGCUAGCCUCGUGCGGUGAGGACAGUGAUCCUGGGCUAGGCGAAGAACGUGAAUUCGGUCUAUCAAAUUCGUGUUCGUCGUCGCAUGCGGACUUUCGGGAAAUCGAAUGUGAACGUUUGAGACGCAAGUGCGUGAGUGUGAAACGCAUCUACAGUAUAUCGGAGAAGUUUUGAAGUCAAAGUGAGAGAAAUGUGUCACGAAACGGUAAAUGACUGCUUUAGAGCAAAGAGUUUGAAGUUGUAA